AUGUACCUGAAGAUGGCCGACCUUCUGUCCGCGCUGCCUGUCGAGCUGGUAAGCAUCAUCGGUCAUACGUCCGCCCCAAGCGACCUGGCAGCACUCCUCCUCGCCAACAAGACACUCAACGAACACCUCACGCCGACACUCUAUGCCUCCGUCGACAUCCAGCACUACAACCACGCGCAAUCCUGCAUCCGGACGCUUUCUGCAGAGGCUUCUACCCUCGCGUUCGGUCGGGACCUUGCUGCGCUGGUCCGCUUCUUCUCGCUGCGGUACGCGUACUCCAUCUAUAGCAAACCACCGGGAGUGGCGGAACUCGCACGCCGUCUGUCUCGCGCGGUGGGGCGCAUGACCGGUCUCCAACACUUCACGCUCGCCGCAACUGCCACAUGUACCACAAACGUCUGUGCAGCGCUCGCGCGGUCAGCCGCACCAACCUUGCGCUCUCUCACCAUCGCGGCAGACUCGCAGUCAAGGUGGGCACACGGGAGCGACGUAGGGAUGCUGCGCGACGUCCGCACGGUGUUUCCGGAGCUCAUCUCCGUCUCGCUCGUACUCUCGAAAGAGGCGCAAUGGCUCGACUUUUUCGAGCGCAUUCUCACACCCCGCGCGGGACACCUGCGCCAUCUAUCCUUCAAAGUAGGCUCGGCGCCCCUGCUCUUGUCCUUAGUGCGCAACACCCCAUCGUGGGCGCAGCUGCAAGAGCUCGAACUUGAUGUUCCGAACGUGCCCCUGGCCAACCUCCCGUCUACGCCAAAUGUGCGCAAGCUCACCCUAUCCUCGCCGAAGGCUUCAGACGCACUAGCACAGCUCGUCCUCCCUUCGGACGCGUUUCCCGCCCUCGAGGUCCUCGCGUGCCCUUACCAGUUCCUGCCGACAUUCCUCCCCGAGGACGCGCAGCCACAGCGCCCGAUCCGUACUGUACGCUUGAACAAUGCGUGCUACGAUGAGGUCGACGGCAUCGGGGAUUUCCCGCUCCACGAGCCCUACCCGAGGUGGGAAGAGCUGCUCGAGGUGCUGUGCUGCCUCCCGCGCUCUGCGGGCCCCGUGACGGACCUCAGUUUCUACGUCGACUGGUUCGAUGCGUCGGUGUUUGGCGUGGACCUGGCGCCGUACACGGCGACACUGGAGCGGCUCGUCGUCAUGCUGCACGAGGACCUGGGCGGGGAGUCCGCGAUCGCGACUUUCGGGGAGACGUUGUUCGCGCAUACGCCGAAAUUGCACACGUUCUUGCUGUCUGAUGGGCCGAUGAGGGCGGACGACUUCAAGACCAUCUUCAGGGGCGAUCCCGAAUGGCUCGAGGAGUGGGACAAACACCCUAAUGCACUGAAGAAUGUCGCGUUCACGACCGGCGAGGGUGUGUGGACAAAAACGGACGACGGAUGGCAGGCGCCCCCGAGGAACGAGGACAGCGAUGAUGAAGGUGACGAUGAUGAGGAUGAGGACGAGGAUGAGGAGGAUGAGGAUGAGGACGACGACGACGAAGACGAUGACGAUGACGACGACGACGCAGUGGAGAGCGACGGAAGUGUCGUAGGCGAAUCCAACUAGCGGGACCACGCAUCACCAUGUCUAGACCACUGGCAGGACUCGGAGAUUCCGCGCACGCAACAAAAUGUAUUACAAUGACGUU